CUGCCAUACCAACCAUGCCCGCAAGCACAUUGCCGUUACCGCCCGCCCACGCCUCGAAAAGGAAGACGAAGAAGAGGAGGAGGAAGGAAAAAAGUGAGAGCCCUUUCUACAGGCUUGGGUUAUAUAGCCUCCAGGAAGCCUUCUCCCUUUUGUUCGGCUGAUCUCCUUCUUUCUUGAUUUUGUCGUCACCGCUACCACACGCUCCCACCAACCCACCCAACCAACCAACCAAAUAGUCCACACAGCAAAAGACCUUUCUUCUGCCAGCUAGCAAGCUUGUCUGCUUAUUAGUUCAUUCAACAGCACCACCACCACCCAACAGCGUUUAUAAAUAUCGAUCGACAAUUCGGUGAUAAAUUUAACAUAGCAGAGAAGAAGAAAGCAUGCCUGCGCAGGAGUCCAUUCCCCCAGCGGCCAAUGUCCUGGGGACCAUAGGGACGGUGCUCUGGUGCAUCCAGUUGAUUCCGCAGAUAUGGUUCAAUUAUAGGAAUAAGUCGACGGAGGGAUUGCCAGGGAUAAUGAUGUUGGUCUGGGGUUUUGCCGGAGUUCCAUUCGGAGCUUACGCAGUUAUUCAGAACCUCAACAUCCCCAUCCAAAUACAACCCCAAGUCUUUGCCUCCCUCUCCCUAAUCUCCUGGGCGCAAUGCCUUCACUACUCCUCCGGCUGGGCCGUCUGGUCCUCCAGCCUGAUAGCCCUCGCGGUGGCCAUUGCCUGUGCGGGCACCGAAGUCGCGCUGAUCCUCACCCUGCAGCCAAUCUACGACCGCGGCACCGAGUGGCCCAUGUUAGUCGUUGGCAUUAUAGCAUCAAUACUGCUGGCUGCAGGCUUGAUUCCGCCCUAUUUCGAGAUCUGGAAGAGGCGGGGGAGGGUUGUUGGGAUUGAUUUCGUCUUCUUGUCGAUAGACUGGCUUGGAGCGCUCUUCUCCAUCAUGAGCCUCGUCGCGCAAAAUACCUUCGAUUACCUCGGUGGGGUGCUAUACCUCGUCGUCAUCCUCCUCGAAUCCGGGAUAUUCAUCUCGCACUGGGUAUGGCUAUUCCGCACUCGGAAGCAGCGCAAGGCGGAGAAGGAGGCAGGUGCUAUCUCGACGGUAGCAACAGCGUUGUCUGAAUCCGUCGGCGAGAAACCCCACGGCAGCGAUAUGGCGAGCACUGCUGGUAGUAAUAAUCAAGAAGUGGAACUAAAACAGGACGUCUAG